UAUUUUAAAAAUAUAUUUUUAAUUUGUCAAGUUACAAUCAUUUUUCUUUAGAUUGAGGUUAAUUAGAAUUACAAAGAUUGGGGCGGCGAUUGCUAGCUACGCCCCUGGACGGACAGACAGACAGGUAACCAAGCAUCACACACGCGACACUCAAUUGCCAUUGAGUGGUCAUCAUCCAUACGACUGAUAUAGCCAACUGUACGCAGUUGAAGCAAUUAACGUGUUCAAUCAGCAUGAAAUCCAUGUCGAUGCCGUCUAAAUGGCAACCGACACAGUGCAUUCGGUUCAGUUUGGUCAAAAGACUCACAGACAACGGCAGCAUUUCCCAGUGGAGCCAACGGAUCCAACGAAUCUCUAUAGAACACACAAUACGAGAGCGUCAAUUAACCGCGAUGUUCCGCUUCAGACCCAUAUUGGCAUUUAUCCUAUUAAAUAGCAUUUUUGUGCCUGGCGGCGCGCAAAAUUUGCUGGAUCGGCUGAGACCCGGGCCAGCUAAUAUGACCCGCAACAUCGACGACAUCAAAGUGGUGGCCGGCACAAAGGUGAAACGCUACGAGCGCAUGUCGGUGCCACUGGCUGGCAUUGGUCCGGUCAUUGGCGGGAUUGGUGCCGCCGCACUGCUGAGUCCACUGCUCCAGCCGCAUCCGCCAUAUGUGGGCUACUCCUUUGUGCCACAGUGGCAGGCGGGUGCCGUACUAAACGGCGAGGGUGAUUCAGCGGGUGCAGCCGGCAUGAUAACCUUCCAGCAGCUGCCCUACAACAGUGACAUCAAGGUGACCAUCAACAUCACCGGGCUGCCGCCGGGAAAGCACGCACUGCACAUACACACAUACGGCGAUGUCAGCGAGGGCUGCAAAUCCACGGGCGGACAGUUUCCCAAUAACUUUCUGGGCAACCUGGAGGUGAAGCCGGACGGCAAAGUCUCGGCCGUGUUUAUGAGCAUCUACCUGCAGCUCUUUGGCUUCAAUGGCAUCGUUGGCCGUUCCGUCGUCAUACACAGCAAACCCAUCGACCUGAACACAGCGCUCAAUGCCGAGGUCUUCUCCUCGGCGCUGUCCGUGCCCAAUGCCCUGGCCUACCAGAACGAGGAGAUGUCCGUUGGUGAGCCCAUUGCCUGUGGCGUAAUAAGUCUAAUGAGUACUGCCAACGUAUCGCCGACCGUAUCAACCUCGCCUGCUGGUCCCGAAAUUGUGGAACCUGCGGCAUAAAUUCUCUAAAUAACAAUCGGAUUCACUCUUCAAAUAU